CCAGCUUCAAGUGUCGAGCGUUGUGUGAAGAGUCAGUGUGUUGUGCCAAGUCACAAGUGUCUUUUGGACGCCCAGUGCUCGCCAGAUACAAGUAAUUUGAUCUUUCUUGACUGCCUUUGGAACGAAGAGCUCCUUGAAUUCAAAGUCAAGUCAAACACACAUCACACAUCAAACGCAUCACAACCACAAUGGAGCCAGCAAAGGAUGUCACAAAUGAACUAACUUCAUUUCCUUCCCUCCCGAUAAGACCCCGAAUGCCACCAGAUACAGACAAGAACGAUGAAUUCAAAAGGCUUCGUGCGGAACUGGCGUCAGUAAAAGGGGAGCUUGACAACAUGAAGGCCAAAGCGCGCCUAGGGGAUUACGCAGGGGGCCUGUUCAAUUUCAUUAAGCUACAUGCACCAAAAAACGCCCAACUUAAGGGCCACGCGACCACCAUGGCCAAAAGUCUAGAAGAUUAG